AUGACGGUGUGCCAGGUACAGCGAAGGCUGUCCCAGCGCAUCGUCCGCGCGUACAGGACGGUGUCGCAUGACGCGACGACGGUGUUGGCGGACGUGCCGUCCGCGGACAUCCUCGCGAGAGGACGGGCCGAGGUGUACCGAUGGGUCGCCGUGGCCCGUCUAGAGGGGCGUGUAUUAGCGCACCGUGAGAUCGAGGCCUACAAAACGAUGGCACAAAAAUGGGUGUUCGCGGAGUGGCGCGCCCGCUUGGAAAAAGCAGAACACGGGGCCUGGACCGUUGGGGCCGUCAGGCCGUGCCUCGAGGAGUGGGCUGGUAGAAGGUGGGGCGGACUCACCUACCAGCUCACGCAGGUGCUCACCGGACACGGAUGUUUCGGUGAGUACCUGCACCGUAUAUUGAAGGAGCGCAGCCCACACUGCCACCAUUGUGACGCGGACGUGAACACCGCGCGGCAUACCCUUGUGGAGUGGGAUGUGGAGCGCG